AACGAAUUGGGUCAUUUUCGAGCCGAGCCGAGUUUAGCUCGAGUUGACCUCACCUCGACAACAACACUACCCUGAAUAAUACUUCCGAAUCCAAGACUCGCACUAUAAUCGUUUGUGCGUUGGCACGGCAAAGCAACUUGAAAGCACCCUUUCUGGGAUUAAUCGGAAACCACCAAGGCUAUGGCUCGCGACACCAAGCAGGACUCAUACAAGUGUCGCCCAAUAAUCAGCUCGGAUGACUCGCACUGGCAGCAUCCAAGUCCAGAAUUUGGAUUGGUCUUCUAUUUCCUCACCAAAUAAUUUCAACCUACUUUCGAAGCCCCGCAUAGCCCACUGAGGCAUAGUUACCCAGAUCAUUGAUCAAAGCUUCGAUCAAGAUUGUGCCGCCAUGUGCGACGGCAAAUAUCAGCACUUUUACUCAGCAUGCGCAAUAUUUUAUCGUCAUCAAUUUAUCAUCCACCCAAACUUAUACGGUUCUCCUACUUCCACAUGCACGCGCCUCGUCGCUCUCAUCUGCAAGGAAAAGAAUAUCCCAUACGAGUUGAUCCAGGUCAACUUGGCCAAAGGUGAACAAAAGGCUGCAUCUUUCACGGCGAUCCAGCCAUUCGGACAGGUCCCAUACAUCGAUGACGACGGUUUUAUUCUAUACGAGUCUCGCGCGAUCGCAAGAUACCUCAUCAAGAAAUACCCCAACCAGGGCACCCCUUUGAUUCCUAGCGACCCCAAGGCUCAGGCUCUGUUUGAACAAGCAGCCUCGGUCGAGGUGUUCAACUUCACCAACUUCGUUCAGCCAAUUGUGUUCGAAAAAGUGUUCAAGCCGCGUUUUGGUCUCCAAACAAAUGAGGAACGUGUUGGCGAGCUGUUGAAGACACUCCAGGAGAAGUUGGAUGUGUAUGAGGUGAUCCUCAGCAAACAAAAGUACCUUGCUGGUGAUUUUCUCACGCUCGCUGAUUUGACCCAUCUGCCGUAUGGCACUGCGUUUUACACAAAUGGCUUCGCUGAGGUGUUUGACAGCAGGCCUAACCUUGCUAGGUGGUGGAAGGACGUCUCUAACAGGCCUGCUUGGCUCGCCGUCAAGGAUGGUGCGUAAGGUCUUAUCCAAGAGGUCAGGAAACGUUCGAAAAGGCCGUCUCGUUGUAUACAAUACCAAUAGAAGUUCAAUUUGAUAUUUGCUGCUUGA